AUGCGUCUUAUCAACACAAGGACUCGGAAAUUCCAAGAGUUCAUAGGCGCAUCGAUCCCCCCAUACGCAAUUCUAUCGCACACGUGGGGCAAUGAGGAGGUGUCGUAUAGGGACUACGUUGAAACCCGUGAUGCCUCCAUGAGAGGCUACAGGAAGAUUGUCAAGACGUGUGAGAUCGCGAAAGAAGCUGGUAUUACGCACUGUUGGAUCGAUACCUGCUGCAUUGACAAAAGCAGUAGCGCUGAGCUUACGGAAGCGAUCAAUUCCAUGUAUCGAUGGUACAAAGAUGCAAAAGUCUGUUACGUCCAUCUGGAGGACUUGGCUUCCGCUGCAGCGAUAAGUGUCGAUUUACCGAAAUGCCGCUGGUUCACGCGUGGUUGGACUCUCCAAGAACUGAUUGCUCCACGCGACAUUCAAUUCUAUAAUGCCAGAUGGAACUACAUCGGUCUCAAAACGGAUCUUGUCGAUAAUUUGUCGACCAUCACUGGCAUUGGCGUAGAGAUCCUACUGCAUAAUCGGUCAUUGGACCUGGUGUCAGUGGCAACAAGAAUGUCUUGGGCGGCAAAGAGAAAUACCACGCGGACUGAAGAUAUAGCCUACUGCCUACUUGGAAUCUUUGGCGUCAAUCUCCCAUUACUGUACGGCGAGGCUGAAAAGGCUUUCCAGCGACUUCAAGAGGAAAUAAUUCGUUCGAAAGCCGAUCUCAGUAUCUUUGCUUGGCAAUGCGUGCGGCCUCCAGGGGUUGACAGAUGGACGCUUACCGGUGUUCUCGCGCAUUCGCCAAAAGACUUUGUCAAUGGUCACAUCGUGCAACGCAUGUAUGGGAGGGAAGCUCACGAGUUCUCCUUUACCAACGUCGGCAUCAAAACGCGUCUGCGCAACCUUUGGGCUCAAGACUACGGCUGUGUUAUGCAGUUGAACAGCUUUUCAAUCGAAACGGGAAAGCACUUGGCGCUAAGACUGCGCAAAGUUGGUCCAGAAAUGUACCUGAGAGAGGGACCGUAUGAUCUUCUAGAGUAUGCUACUGGCGCCUUUCACGAGCGAAGAUCUGUCGAACGAUACCUCCUUACUGCCAUACCGGCAAUACCAAGAUUCUCGGAUUGGUUGGAUCCAUCGGUAAGGUUCCAACACGCAGAAAGGCUGUUAGAUUUCAUGCGAGAAUUUCCCGUGCGCGUCAAGCUACCACCGGAAGUUCAGUUAGUCAAGAUGUGGCCAUCUGAACGAUGGGAUGAAGAAGAUCGGCUGUUCUUUGUCUCUGGCGAUUCUCGUUGGGAUUCGUUCCAGUUGAACCUGCGCUACGAACUCAUUUACGAUGCCAAGUCCCCUGACGGGACUGUCACUGAAGCUACCACAACCUUUAGCUUUACUCUGUAUGCGUUGGGAUGGUCUCAUAUACAACUUGACGCUGUAGAUCGUGCUUCAUUCGGUCUCGUAGACUGUCUAGAAUAUGGACCGACUGUGGACAAGAUUCAUCGGUGGAUUUUGGACGAGGAGCCGACCACAGCUUCCAUAUCCAAGUGGUUCGCGAAGGAAAAGAUGCCGAGAAACCAACUGAUACGCUACGAUAUACCUCAGUCCCCUCGUAGCCUGGUAAUAAAGAUUGAAAGCACGCUGGAUAACAUUGUCACUUUGACAGCAGAGGAGAUGCCUACUAUCAAUGCGCCAGAGCGCGUCACACAACAAUGGCCUGAGUUCAGGGACUACUAG